AUUAUUCCCUCAUAGCCAAAACGUUGCCCUCUGCCGGACUCCUCGCUUUCGGAUAGUCCACCAUUUUAUAUUGCUGUAAAGGAUUACAAAUAUAUUUUUAUAUAUUGGGCUUUUCUUUACGAAGAGACAAACCAACUCUCCAUUAUGAUGGAAUUGGAGAUGACUAAAAUACAUCCUAGUCAACAGGAUGUGGACCUGAUUGACAUCUUGUGGAGGCAGGACAUAGACCUGGGCGCGGGGCGUGAGAUGUUUGACUACUGCCACCGCCAGAAGGAGCACGAGCUACAGCGGCAGAGGGAGCAGGACGAGGAGAAGCAACAGCAGCUGCUGAGGGAGCAGGAGAAGGCCCUGCUGGCGCAGCUGCAGCUGGACGAGGAGACAGGGGAAUUCGUGCCCCGCCUCACGCCUGGAGGAUCGCCACCCCCGUCUGUCACAGUACAGUCCCAAGUCACACAGAAUGUCAGCUUCACAGAAGACGGGGAUGCUAUGUCAUUCGAUGAAUGUAUGCAACUGCUGGCUGAGACGUUUCCCCUGGUAGAGGCAACUGAGACCACCUCUGCCUGUCUAGACACCACGUUAGCCCCAGCCCUGCACAGCAGCCACCUCAUGAUGGCAUCCGAGCUGCCAGUGUUGACCCAGCCACCCCUUCUCCCAGCCCCACUGCCCUCACGAAGGACCUCCACAGAGUUAGAGCAAGCCUGGAUGGAGCUUUUGUCACUUCCUGAGCUGCAGCAAUGUCUGAACAUGCAAAUGGAAGACACACUGGAGCAGACCAGAGGAUAUCUGCACACGACCAACACUCCAGAGGUGCAUGAGCCAGACUACACCUUCUACUCGUUGGCCAACCUGCCAGACGUGGCAACCAACACAGCAGAGGCCUGCCCGGUGGAUUUGAUCAAUGCCUACGAAAGCAUUCCCAACAUGGCUCCUAUUGACCACCUCAGUCAGAUGACCCAGAAGGCUCCAGAUCUAAAUACACACUUCAGUGCAGACACUUUCUGUGACGUGUUUUACCCAGACAUCGUCAACACAAAAGUAACGAGCGUCCCACUACCUUGUGGCCGAGGAGAUGAAGGGAACUCGUUGGCCGAGAUCCCAAGCAAGCCUUCUUAUAUACCAAUGGAAUUACAUGACCUUUCUCCUGGAGAUUCAUUUGACAGCAGCAACAAACCAGAGCUAAUGCCAGAAUUUCCCGAUUCGGAUUCAGGUGUGUCUGUGGAAGCAAGCCCACAUUAUAGCUCCCCAGAGAAAUCACGGUCUGGGGAUGGCUCCUUUGGUGGCUACAGUGAUUCAGACAUGGAGGAGAUGGACAGUAACCCUGAGAGUGCAGAAUCAGACUACUCAGAGAUGUUCUCCCUGUCUUUCCAACCAGAUGGCCAGCAACCACCUCUGCUGGAGUUAGCUCACCAACAAGACAAAAUGCCCAAACAUGGCAAGACUGAGCCAGAUGAGGAGACUGGCCACAACGAAUUGCCUUUCACCAAAGACAAGAAGACAAGGCGCUCAGAGAAGCGUCUCUCCAGAGACGAGCAGCGAGCCAAGGCCCUACAGAUUCCCUUCACCGUGGACAUGAUCAUCAACCUACCAGUGGAUGACUUCAAUGAGAUGAUGUCGAAGCACCAGCUCAACGAGGCCCAGCUGGCGCUGGUCCGAGACAUCCGCCGGCGAGGCAAAAACAAGGUGGCCGCCCAAAACUGCCGCAAGCGGAAGAUGGAGAACAUUGUGGAACUUGAGUAUGACCUAGACUCGCUGAAGGAGGAGAAGGAGCGACUACAGAGAGAGAAGAUCGAAAACAACAGCAGCCUGCGGCAAAUGAAGCUGAAGCUCAACACCCUGUACCUGGAGGUGUUCAGCCUGCUGAGAGACGAGGAAGGGAAGCCCUACUCCCCAUCAGAGUACUCCCUCCAGCAGACCACUGACGGCACGGUCUUCAUUGUCCCCCGCAUUAAAAAGACACUCAUUAAGAAAAACGACAACUAGCACUUCUCUGCUUUACUACUUGGUACUGCAUUAGUAACAAUACUAUGCAAACGAUAACUUUGUAGUUGCUUGGCUUUAAGCAUUAGUAAAACAGCAGAACUAUUAUAUAGUUUUUGCCUAGUAUUUUUGAAGCUCUCCAUGAGUUAUUUUGUACUGGUCUAUUUUCUUUUUAUAUUCUUUGUAAAUACAUAAUUUGCUAUUGAGAGUGUAUUGUAUAUAUUAUGUUUUAGUAUUAUAAUUAUACUGUUGCGAUCACGUUAAUUAAGUCAGUUUUAUAAACUUUACUCUGAUUUGCA